AUGGUGAAUGCAGCAAGUGGAGGAGGGCUAGUGAAUAAGACUCCAGGAGAUGCAACUAGGCUGAUUGCAGAGCUAGCAGAAAAUUCUAGGCAAUUCAGUCAGAGAACUCCCACGCGCCGGGUGAAUGCAGCAAAUUCAAAUACAACUGAGUUAGAGAGUCAAAAUAUGAUGCAGUUUCAACAAGAAACCAAAUCAAGUAUUCAAAACCUGGAGAAUCAAGUCAGUCAAAUCUCAAGUGCAGUAAGCCGACUUGAAGCUAAGGACUCUGGAAAGAUUCCAUCCCAAUCGGAGCUGAACCCUAAGCAACAAGUUAAUGCAAUAACAUUGAGAAGUGGCAAAAAGUUGCAAGAAACUGUAGUUGCACCUAAGAAGGCUAAAGACUUGAUUGGAGUUGAGGACGAGGAAGUAGAACAAGAAACUAAGGCGAAUCCGCCAACCUUUACCUCUUAUGAGCCUGUGCCACCUUUCCCAGAAGCCUUGCAAGAUACUCGAAGGUAUGAGAAAGACAAGGAUAUUUAUGAGACUUUCAGCAAAUGUGAGAAACUCCCAGAAAAAUGUGGUGAUCCUGGUAUGUUUACUAUUCCUGUUACAAUAGGAGACACCACAUUACACCGAGCCAUGUUGGACCUAGGUGCAUCAAUCAAUGUCAUUCCCUACUCCCUGUUUAAAUCUUUAGAACUUGGGCCUUUGCAUGAAACUGGGGUAGUAAUUCAGUUAGCUGAUAGGUCCAAUGUAUAUCCUAAGGGGGUAGUAGAAGAUGUACUUGUUAAGGUUGAUGGAUUGAUCUUUCCUGCUGACUUUUACGUCCUUGACAUGGAACAUGACAAACAAGCAGCCCCCAUCCUGUUAGGAAGACCUUUCUUAAAGACUGCUAAGACAAAAAUCGAUGCGUCUACCGGUUCUUUGACUAUGGAGGUUGAUGGGAAAGCAAUUGUGUAUAACAUUUACGAUACCAUAAAGUAUCCUGUUGAUACUCAUUCUUUAUAUUCUAUAAAUGUUGUCGAUCCAAUAUUGCAUGAUGUUUCUAACAUUGAUCAUGGGGAUGAGCUCCUCACACCUAUUACUAAUGUUGUGUCUGGUGAUUGCUUGGAUUCUUCUAUACCUACUAAUGUGCAGGUGAAGGUGGCGGAAUUGAAUGAACAGUCCAAGCUUCCACCUAUACCACUAGGGGCAACACCCACCCCGUCAUCAUUUCCGGGCAAGAAAUUGUCCCAUUUAUACCACAAAGCAAAGAAUAGGUUGUGGCAUGACAAGAUGAUUGCUAGGAAGAAGGUUAAAGUCGGUGAAAAAGUCCUCCUAUAA